AUGACUGGACACUCUACGAGAACAAGCAGCGAAGCCAUAAGACUAGAGCCUAUUGGCAGGACCUCCAGUUCUAGAAGUCCUGGACAAAAUGGGACUGCUAACACCGAAAUUCCGGAAAUUUCUGGUGAUAGUAACACUGGGUUGCAUAAACGGAGCAUCUACGAGCACAAUGGAGUCGCGGUGUGCUCACAGAAACGCGCAUUGUGCAUCGCGACUAUUGUUUUCGCCACGUUGUUCGCCAUAUCACUUAUUAUCGCGUUCGCGGGACCACAAAAUGACUGUCCAUGUGCCGGUGAGAGACCGGAUAAUCUAGGCAUCGAUGAUGAUUACGAAAGUCUAGAGCCAUUAGCGACAAAUGGAGAGAUAUUCCCAUGGGAUAACGUAAGACUCCCAUCAUUUGCGCACCCAACCCGUUACAACAUCACAAUCCACCCAAACUUAACAACCCUAGAAGUGAAAGGCCAAGUGACAAUCGAGUUCUACGUCGACAAAGAGACCAAUUUCGUAGUCUUCCACAGUAAAAACCUGACAAUAACCGAAAAGAUGGUGCAGAACCGAAAGGGGCAUGACAUGAAGAUCAGCCAACUUCUAGAGUACCCCAAGCACCAGCAGCUCUACCUAGAGCUAGAAGAAACCAAGUUCCGAAAGCGCGGCAACUAUUCAAUCCACCUGAGAUUCGUCUCACAAUUAACCAGCGAACUUGAGGGAUUCUAUCUAAGCACCUACACCACUGCUGAUGGUGACAAAAGGUACCUAGCAACGACCCACUUCGAGCCAACCUACGCCAGAUCAGCGUUCCCUUGUUUCGACGAGCCUCAAUUCAAGGCCAGGUUCCGGGUGUCUAUCUUCAGGGACCGGUUCCACAUCGCGCUGUGCAACAUGCCGAUUACUAACACAGAGGACGCGGGCUUUUACAUGGGCCGUGGACCAUCCUGGACAAUCCUACCCUUAGUUUUGGAGACCAAGUCCCUGAUCCAGUCGAACUUCCAGCUUAGGGACGACUUUGAAGAAUCCGUGGAGAUGUCAACCUACCUGGUCGCCUUCGUAGUCUGCGACUUUAAGCGGAUCUCCCAGCUGACCAGCAGGAAUGUGUCUGUAAGCGUCUACGCAUCCGAAACGAUGCUGCCACAGGCAACUUACGCCCUGGACACCGCCGUUAAGGUCAUGGACUACUUCGAGGACUUCUUCGGCGUCCACUAUCCUCUGCCAAAGCAAGACUUGAUCGCAAUUCCGGAUUUCGCAGCCGGUGCUAUGGAAAAUUGGGGCUUGAUCACUUACAGAGAAGCUUCUAUUCUCUACGAUCCUCAGGAAACUUCCACAGUCGCUCACGAAUGGGUUGCUGUGGUGAUAGCUCACGAAUUGGCUCACCAAUGGUUCGGAAACUUGGUUACCAUGAAAUGGUGGAACGAUUUGUGGCUAAACGAAGGAGCAGCUUCGUUUUUUGAGUACAAGGGUGUUAAUCACGUGGCUCCGCAUUGGAAUAUGAUGGACCAGUUUGUUCUGGACAAGACUCAAUCGGGAUUAAGCUUGGACGGACUGGCUACAAGUCAUCCUAUCAGUGUCCCAGUUAAAGAUCCAGCGGAGAUCGAAGCUAUCUUUGAUACCAUCAGCUACAACAAAGGUGCCAGUAUUUUGAAUAUGUUAGAGGGCUUCUUGGGUGAGGAGGUCUUCAAGAAGGGGCUCAAUGAGUAUCUUAAUGUCCACGCUUAUGGCAGUGCUGAUACAAACGACCUGUGGGCUGUCUUCACUAAACACGCCAACAAAAGCUUCGAUGUCAAGGCUAUCAUGGACACCUGGACCCAGCAGACAGGAUUUCCGCUGGUCAGCAUCAGGAGAGAAGGAAAGAUGAUCACUGCCAGUCAGAAGAGGUUCAUGCUCACUCAGGAUAAUGAGACUCUGGUGGACGGCAAGCCGUUUAAGUGGUAUGUUCCGCUGAGCUACUACGUUGACAAGGAUCCUAGUACUGUCUUCAAUGUCUGGAUGAACUUGUCAGAUGUGACCUUUGAGAUCCCGGAGAACACCAGCUACAUCAAGUGCAAUGUCAACCAGUCUGGGUUCUACAGAGUCACCUAUCCAGAAGAGAUGUGGGACGCGAUUAUUGAAACCUUAAUGACCAAGCACCAGCAAUUCAGUCCGAUAGAUAGGGCCAAUUUGGUAGAUGAUGCGUUUACAUUGUGCGAAGCUGGUGAGAUCAAUGCCAGCAUUCCGCUGAGGUUAAGCUUGUAUUUAUUGAAGGAACGUGAUUAUGCGCCCUGGGCCACGGCAUUGAGCUACUUGCACUCUUGGAAGGGCAAGCUGGCUGAAAGUUCUGGGUACAAGAGGUAUAUUGUGUUUUUGAAGAAGCUUCUGGCGCCGAUCACGGAGUUUGUUGGGUGGAAGGAUGAAGGUGAUCAUCUGACGAAGUGGCUCAGGAUAGCAGUUCUCCAAGCGGCAGUUGAACUCAAACUAGAGGAAGUCGUCAAGCCUGCAAAGAACCUCUUCGAGGACUGGAUGCUCCGCGGCAAGCGGAUUGUCCCCAACAUCAGGGACGUUGUCUACAUCGCUGGAGUCAGGUUUGGCGGAGAGAACGAGUGGAACUACUGUUGGGAGACCUUCAGGAAGACCCAAGUCCCCAGUGAGAAGAGGUUGAUGCUUCAGGCUCUGGGAGCCUCCACGGAUCCAUGGUUGCUUCAGCGGUAUCUACUGAAGACUCUGGAUCGGGAGAAUGUUAAGUCUCAGGAUGUCGAAGCGGUGAUUUCGGCGGUUGCUAGGAAUCCUGAAGGAAGGAGUCUUGCUUGGAGACAUCUCAAGGCCUACUGGCCUCAGUUUCAUGCGCUCUUUGGAAACGGAUCGCUUACUAUGGGCACGCUUAUUUCGACAGUCGUCUCGGAGUUCUUUACUGAAUAUGAUUAUCAAGAGGCAACAGAGUUCUUCAGUGACGUAGAGGUAGGAAGCGGCCAGAGGGCGCUGGAGCAGAGUUUGGAAACAAUUAGGUUCAACAUCCGGUGGGUAAAGGAGAACGCAGACACGAUAGACCAAUGGCUGAUCGACUAUCUAAAGGAUCACAACGGCUAA